AUGGAGUUCAACGAAGCUGGGAUACAAGCGAAAACUCAUCCUUCAUCAGCAGAUUGGAUCAAUCUUAGUGGUAGUCCAAAUGCCUACACCCUAGCGAAUGGUCAAUUACAAAUGCAUUUAUUCAAACCUGCCGAUACACAACAAGCAAAUUCUCCUCAAGGACCAUAUAACUUGGCCGCAGGUAUGGGCUCAACGUUUAAUAGCUCAUACAAAAUGCAUUAUGGAACAGCGGAAAUUACAAUGCAAUGUAUUGGCGUUGGUGGAGUCGUCAAUGCUUUUAUCGUGAGUAUGGAAACAAUGGCACCGGAUAACGCUGACGAAAUCGACUGGGAAAUGGUAGGAGGAGAUGUACAACACGGUCAAAGUAACUUUUUCUGGAACAAUGAUCAUCUCUAUGGUGUUAACAGUCAAACUCACUCCGUUCCCGGAGGUCCCAUCAACACCACUUCAUAUACCUUUGUGAACCGUGCAGACACGCUGACAAAUGGUGUUUACAUGUAUCCAAGUCAUCCUUCUUACAUACAAUUUGGAGUUUGGGAUAGUAGUACCUCGCCGACUACUACUCAAUGGGCCAAUGGACCAAUCGAUUGGAAUUCACAACCUUCU